AAAAAUUAAAAAAAGCGCCAAAACUUUAUUAUUGUAUUUUGUAUUGCAAUGGACAGCACAAUAUUUUUGUGAAUGUUUUAUUAUGAGUGAAAUAUUUGCAAUAUUAAGUUAAUUAUAAUGAAUCAACAACAAUUAGAACGUGUAUCGGAGAUUUUGCUCUCCCUAACAAAAAAAAUAGAGUGUCCUAUAUGUUUGAGCCACAUAGAAAACAGUGUUGAAUUAGAUUGUUCUCAUCGGUUUUGUGAAACAUGUUUGAGAAAAUUGAGAGCGAUACAAGAAUCUAAGCCUUCAUGUCCCAUAUGCAAAAACCAAAUAAGUAAACGGGCACCAAUUUAUAAGGAUCGAAUUUGUGAUGUACUUGGUAGAUUCACAAAUCAAGCCUGCCAGUUGAUCAAGGAAAAAUAUGCUAUUGGGGUUGAGGAAGUUUGCUCUAAAAAUACUGAUAUUGGCCGAGUUAUUGAAACAUCACCAAGAGACACGCCAGCAUCUACAAGGAAUAAUAAAAAUUCUCCUGGUGCUGCUGAACAGCCUAAAAAGAAGAAGUUGAACUUUGAAUUUCCUGAUGAAAGCAACAAAAUCACCAGCUGGUUAGACUAUAACCAGAAAAAAUGGGAAAGUGUAACACAACAGUAUAAUACAAUGGCAGUUCCUGACCCAGAAGUUGACAGUUUUGAUAUGCUUUCUGUAUCACAAUUACCACCACGAAUAAAUAAAAAAAUCAAGCAACGAAUAUUGCAUUCGCUAACAGCAGAAGAUCAUAAAGUGUCAAAAGCUUCUUCAAAAAGAUAUAAAAGUUUAAAUGAUGGCCUUGAUGAAGAUGGCAAUUACAAUAUUGGGGAUGUUGCUUCGGAAACAAUUGUUAAACAGGUUGAACUAAAAGUAAUCCAGAACAUGCUAGAAGAUGAAUGUCUGGCAAACAUGGAGCAACUAGCACAAAAUAGAACUGAAUCCACACCUGAAAAAAAUCCCAAAUUGCAUGAAACAAAUAAUAAGAAACUAACUAUUAGCUCCAUGACUUCUGAUGAUGGAUGGAAUAGAAUAAGAGAUGUAAAGAAAACUCUUGAAAAACGAGAACCGCAAAAACUGAAAAUUGUUUUAGAAGACCAAGAUAAUGGCAAUAAGAAAAAGUCUCCUACAAAGAAUAGUAAUAAGAACAAAUCUCCUAUUGGACAAGGUUCAAACAAGAAAAGUAAUGCUGUACCUUCAAGAAUGAUAAGUAUUCCACCUGAAAUCAAGAUUCAAGAAAAAGAAGCCACUGCCCCAAAAGACACUAGACCAGAAAACCAAGCUAACAGGUUGGGUGAAUUAGGAAGUUACAUUGACGAACACAUUCACAAUGAUGAAAUAACUCCAAACAAAAGUACACGACAUAAUAUUGACAAAGAAAAUGAGGAUGAAGAUUUAUUUUUCUUACCAACACAACUAACACCACAAAAUGUUGCCAGACAAUACAAUCUACAUUUUGUGCCACCUGCUGCCAAAAGCUUAACCGACAAUAACAAUAUAGCUCUUAUCUUACGUGAAGAAUUGAAAUCUUGUAUUGCAAAUGCUGUGAAAUUCAAUGAUGCUAUUGGUCCGAAAUUGGUUGAUUGUUUUACCAAUCUUUUGAGUUAUGCUAAAAAAUUACAGCCCAAGAAAGUGUUAAAUAAAAGUGCUCAAACUAUGACUGAGAAUAAUUUCAGUGUUGGAGUUCAAACUGAUGCAUUGAAUUUUGGGGAAAAGGGAACACAAACUUCUAUACAUGGUUUAUUGGACAGUGUUCAAAAAACACAUGUAAAUGGGUCCCCUUUAUUUGAUAAAAUCAAUACAAAUGGCAAUCGCUCCUCCAAAACAUCCAAGCGCAAACUCAACUUGGACGAAAAAGAAGAUUCCAGCGAAAUAGUUGGUGCAACAUUAUCUAAACCUUCAAAACGCAUCAAUAAAUUGCAAGUUGGUGACGGUAAUAGUGAGAAAACAUUUCCAUGGGACAACAUGAAGGAAAAUCAAGAGAAUAAUAUUUCUUUGAGUUCAGCUUUAGAAUGUAGUUUGCAUUCAGUUCGAAAUUUUCAAAAAUCAACCAGAGAGUCACAAAAGUCGUUUAAAAGAAUUCGGACGCCCCCGCCUGAUAGUGAUUCAGAUGAAGAAAAUCCUAGCAAAAGAAAAUUCUUGAAAGACUAUUUAACAGUGGAAUUUGUUGAGAGUGAUAAGUUAGAUGGUGAUGAUGAUGAUAAUGAGGAAUUGAUUCCUGAAAAGUGUGAUCCAAUAAUAAUUGAUUGGAUCGCAAAGAAUGCUCACAACUCACAAACUAUACCAGCCAUUGAAAUAGUUCCUAAUAAAAAACCAACUGCUAAAUCACAGAAAUCUGAAUACGUUUUUACUGCAAAUGACGUAUUCGAAGAAAACUUGAACAAAUUUGACAAGGAGAUAUCCAUGAUGGACAAAACUUCUGAAAAAUCCGUGAAGAGACAAAAACAAAAAAGUCCAGAACAUGUUUUUACUGGAGAUGACGAUUUUGAGGAAAAUCUAGAACAACUGGAUAACGAAUUAUUUAAAAAUGAACAAACUAGUAAAACUUACAAUACAGAACUAGAUCUUGUGGAUAAUACGCCAAUAGUUAAUUUGAAGCUUCGAUCAAAUGAGAAAAACCCGCCAACACAAAUUUUAAGUAAAGGUGCCGCUCUAAAAACCCCUACCGGCCUCAUCAAUACAGAAGAUGUUGAUCUGUUUGAUAAAGCCCCCUCAACGUUGAAUAGAAACUUGCCUUCAGAAACUGAAAAAUGUUCUGAUGAUGUGGCAAUACUUUUAGAGGACUUACACGAGGAUGAUUUCUUAACAGAUAACAUGGAUCAUACAGAAAAUGUUGAAGCUGAAGGGAAAAACGAUAAGUGCACUUUUGAUGACGAUAUGGAAGACGAAUUGCAAAACAUUCCGUUGACAAAUUUUCAAAAAGAUGCUAAAGAUGAAGAAAAACGAUUAACUAUUUUGCAAAAUAUUAGAUUAAGGAGUCCAGAUAAGACAGUGGGAGACGAUAUAUAUAUAGAUAGUGCUGAUGAUGAGGAAAUUCUAGACGCUACUCCCAAGAAGAAGAAUUCUUCAAAUUGUCGUUCUACAGAAGAUCUUUUAGAAGUCCUCGAUAUUAACGAGGAAGCAAUGAUAGAUAUGUUGAUAGCACCUCCAGAAGGUUUUGAAGAUAAAGCUCCCAUAGUUGAGACUCCAGCAAUACUGAAUAGCCCAAUCAGUCAAAAGGAUAAUCGCUCUUUCUCUAGAAGACAAAACAGACUACCUUCUGUACAAGGGUUAACGGAAUUUAUUGUUACUCCAGAUGAGCAAGCUCAUCAAGAAAGUCAGCAACCCAAAACCCAAGAAAGUUUGACCUUUGUAGGACCGAUGCGAAGUCCAAAGGGUGCGACUCAACAAGGGUCAAUGUUGCCACCAUCCAGACGUAGCUUGAAAGAAACAAGAAUUGGCGAAUCUGGAGCUGCUAAGUGUGAAACUCAGCCUAAGUAUACGCCGUUGGUUUCAACACCAAGGUCAGCCAUUAAAAAACCAGUCAUAAUGACUUCAACGCCGAAUCAAAAGAGCAUCCUAAAUUUCACAUCACCCUCUCAAUCGUUAUUGCAAAAAAGAAAGCCCUGUAUAAUGUGGUCCAGAAUCCCAUCCAAAGAUGCCGGAGUUUUUGCUCAAUUAGAAAACAAAAAACUUGUAACUACAUCAAAGGUGUUUACUCCUUCGGUGACUCAUUUGGUAGUUAAAGAUGGUAGAAUUUCAUCACAUACUGCGAAAACUUUACACGCUAUGGCUGCAGGUAUUUGGGUGGUAAGAUACGAAUGGGCUGAAGAUUGUUUGAAGAUGCAAAAAAUUGUUGCAGAGGACUCAUAUGAAGCUCUGGAUAGUAGUGGUGAACCUGGUCCUAGACGUGCCCGAUUGGCUCGAGGAAAAAAAAGUUUGUUCAAAGGAUUUAAAUUUUACUUGGCGAUGCCCCUAGUUACUUUGAAUAAAAAACAACUUGAGGCUAUCAUUGAAUUAACUGGUGGAGAAGUAGCGCAAGAUUUGGGCUCCAUGCUGGAUAAUGAAGAACAACUUCGCAUUAUUUUGAUUGAAUCUUCAGUCAUGAAAGAAACACAGACUGAACAGUUUGACACCUGGGGCGAAAUUUACAAAGCGGCCACUGUGGACUUGCAAUGGUUCUCAGAUUGCAUUAGUCAAUUUAAAUUGAUAAGUUUCAGGCCGUAUUUGGUUCUAGAUGAUGAAGAUGUUAUCCUAAAUUUGAAUAAUUAUUUUCCUCCUUCUUUACUGGCAACUGUGCCAUAUACUUUAUCAGAUUCAAUAUGAGUUUUUUUAGUCUUGUUUUGUGUUUUUUUUUUGACAGGUGCAAGCUAUGCCAAGAAAAACAGUUCAUAGUAUUUUUGAUGUUAGUAUGUUUUUUAUUGUGCAAUUUGAUCUAUCACAAUUUUAUAACAUUGUUAUGCCAUAAUCCCUAUAAAAAAUAUUUUAGUUUUGUUUUUUUGUUGUUACAACAACAAUAUGGAGUAUAUUGUUGAGGAUUUUGUUUAUUUUUCUAUCAAAUUUGUAUUAUUAUUUUUGGUAAAAUAAAGUAAAUAAAUAAAAUUAAAUUUGUUUUAAGGCAUAAGUAGAUAAGGCAAUUACAAAAUGCAGGUUCGAGUCUGACAUUGUGCAAUAACAAAAAAAAAAAGUAAAUCCACACUCAUAAUAAUUUAUAAGUUGAACAUUUAGAGUAAACUUGAAUCUACGCAACAAGAAUACAUUGAAAUAUGUGAAAUACACAUAUCAAGUAGUAAUAGUAUUAAUCCAAAAAUUAAACUGUGUACAAGAAUUAAGGAUUGAAUGAUGCUGUGCUAUUAUCUUUACGUAGACCAUGAAACAAAUGUAUCAAUGUCUUCCUGUAACGAUUACCAAUUUAUUAUUAAU